UUAGUAAUCAGACCCACAUGAGUCACGCCAAACACGCAGCCCCCUCCCGCCCGAGUGACAACUGGCCAGCGUGCUCUCGGCUGUUGUCCCUUUAAAACUCGAAUCCAAGGGGGUAAUGAUUUAUCAAACUUGUAUUAUCAAGAAAAUGUCAAACGAAGGGCACCUUGCUUUGCACUGACGCAAACCGGCCUUUCCCAAGGAGAUAUAGAAAGCGCCUCUCUUGCUGGAACCAAACCCAGUCUUGUCAAUAGCUGGUUUCGCUCUCGACCCGUUCAAUCUGUUGCCGGUGCCAGACAUGGAUUGCGGGACUCCCAAGGAAAUGAAUAAACAACCAGCCAACAGCCUGGAGGCGGCGGUGGCGCCAGGCCACCACGAUGGUCGGUGCGCGCCCAGGACGAGCCCAGAGCAGGAGCUCCCCGCCGCCGCGCCGCCGCCGCGUGUGCCCAGGUCGGCUUCCACCGGUGCCCAAACUUUCCAGUCCCCGGACGCGCGAGCCUGCGAGGCUGAGCGGCCGGGAGUGGGGGCUUGCAAACUCAGUGGCCCGAGGGUGCCCGCGGCCUCCGCGGCUCUGCGGGACUUGAGCGAGGCGCACGGCGCUCAGGCCGCCCCUCCUGGGGGCGCCGGGCCCGGCAACGCGCUGCAUUGUAAGAUUCCGGCCCUGCGCGGCCCGGAGGGGGAUGCGAACGUGAGUGUGGGCAAGGGCACCCUGGAGCGGAACAAUACCCCGGCCGUGGGCUGGGUGAAUAUGAGCCAGAGCACUGUGGUGCUGGGCACAGAUGGAAUCACGUCCGUGCUCCCGGGCAGCGUGGCUGCCGCUACCGCCCAGGAGGACGAGCAAGGGGAUGAGAAUAAGGCCCGAGGGAACUGGUCCAGCAAACUGGACUUCAUCCUGUCCAUGGUGGGGUACGCAGUGGGGCUGGGCAAUGUCUGGAGGUUUCCCUACCUGGCCUUCCAGAACGGGGGAGGCGCUUUCCUCAUCCCCUACCUGAUGAUGCUGGCUCUGGCUGGGUUGCCCAUCUUCUUCUUAGAGGUGUCACUGGGCCAGUUUGCCAGCCAGGGGCCAGUGUCUGUGUGGAAGGCCAUCCCAGCCCUACAAGGCUGUGGCAUCGCCAUGCUGAUCAUCUCCGUCCUCAUUGCCAUUUACUACAAUGUAAUCAUUUGCUACACACUUUUCUACCUGUUUGCCUCCUUCGUGUCUGUGCUGCCCUGGGGGUCCUGCAACAACCCUUGGAACACGCCAGAAUGCAAAGACAAGACCAAACUCUUACUAGACUCCUGUGUCAUCAGUGACCAUCCCAAAAUACAGAUCAAGAACUCGACUUUCUGCAUGGCCGCCUACCCCAACCUGACGCUGGUUAACUUCACCAGCCCGGCCAACAAGACGUUUGUCAGCGGGAGCGAAGAGUAUUUCAAGUACUUUGUGCUGAAGAUUUCUGCCGGGAUAGAGUAUCCAGGGGAGAUCAGGUGGCCGCUGGCCUUCUGCCUCUUCCUGGCUUGGGUGAUCGUGUAUGCAUCCCUGGCAAAAGGCAUCAAGACUUCAGGAAAAGUGGUGUACUUCACGGCCACGUUCCCGUACGUCGUGCUGGUCAUCCUCCUCAUCCGCGGGGUGACCCUGCCCGGAGCUGGUGCUGGCAUCUGGUACUUCAUCACGCCGAAGUGGGAGAAGCUCACCGACGCCACGGUGUGGAAAGACGCUGCCACUCAGAUUUUCUUCUCCUUAUCUGCCGCGUGGGGAGGCCUGAUCACUCUGUCUUCUUACAACAAAUUCCACAACAACUGCUACAGGGACACUCUCAUCGUAACCUGCACCAACAGUGCCACGAGCAUCUUUGCCGGCUUCGUCAUCUUCUCGGUUAUCGGCUUCAUGGCCAAUGAACGCAAGGUCAACAUCGAGAACGUGGCGGACCAAGGCCCAGGCAUUGCAUUUGUGGUUUACCCGGAAGCCUUAACCAGGCUGCCCCUCUCUCCGUUCUGGGCCAUCAUCUUUUUCCUGAUGCUCCUCACUCUUGGACUUGACACUAUGUUUGCCACCAUCGAGACCAUAGUGACUUCCAUCUCGGAUGAGUUCCCCAAGUACCUGCGCACACACAAGCCGGUCUUCACCCUGGGCUGCUGCAUUUGCUUCUUCAUCAUGGGCUUUCCAAUGAUCACUCAGGGUGGAAUUUACAUGUUCCAGCUUGUGGACACGUACGCUGCCUCCUAUGCCCUCGUCAUCAUCGCCAUUUUUGAGCUCGUGGGGAUCUCCUACGUGUACGGCUUGCAAAGAUUCUGUGAAGAUAUAGAGAUGAUGAUUGGAUUCCAGCCAAACAUUUUCUGGAAAGUCUGCUGGGCGUUCGUAACCCCCACCAUCCUGACCUUUAUCCUCUGCUUCAGCUUUUACCAAUGGGAACCCAUGACCUACGGCUCGUACCGCUACCCGAACUGGUCCAUGGUGCUCGGCUGGCUGAUGCUCGCCUGUUCCGUUAUCUGGAUCCCAAUUAUGUUUGUGAUAAAAAUGCAUCUGGCUCCUGGCAGAUUUAUUGAGAGGCUGAAGUUGGUGUGCUCGCCGCAGCCAGACUGGGGCCCUUUCCUAGCGCAGCACCGUGGGGAGCGCUACAAGAACAUGAUCGACCCCUUGGGAACUUCCUCCCUGGGACUCAAAUUGCCAGUGAAGGAUUUGGAGCUUGGCACCCAGUGCUAGUCCGAUGGCAUGGGAUGGCCCAGACUUGGUCCUCUUUUUCCUCUCUGCCUUCCCCUAAUGUUUUCCCAUUUUCUUCUUCUUUCUCCCCACAUCUCGGUACACAUCUGUGCAUGAGAGUGGUUAUGUAGAAAAGUAGGAUGUAGUGUCGCAUGCUGUAGUGAAGAGCUAGACAGACCACUUGACGCGCUGUUUGCCUGUGUCCAUGGCCUCAGUUUCCGUAGGGUUGGUCCCCUGAGCACACACUUUACCCAGAAGGAGCGGAUCGACUAGGCGAGUGCUUUCCGGUGAAGUCACAAGGAGGUAUGCGAGAUUCGGUCAACUGAGGAGCAUCCAUGUGUUGUCGUUGGUGGUGCCAGUGAGGCAGAUGGAGAAGGGCAGAAUUACAAGACUGUUCACUUGGAUUCAGCAGUGUCGUAGAGCUGAGCUGAGCGGCGUGGAGGUUUCAUUCAGAUGCAGAAAGCUCAGGAUGGGGAACAUGUGGAGGGUCGGCAGUGGUCAGAAAUGUUUUAGAGUAAGAUGAGGCUGGUGGAUUUGGACACCACCGAGGUGGCUAAGUUCACAUUCCCAUUCACAAUUGGGGGUCUGUUUUCUCCAUUUGGACCAACUGCCUCAUGUGCGCCAAGGACUCAGAUACUUAACUCUGCACGCUGCGAAUCCAGCGAAGAGGCGGUUCUCUUCCCUCGGUUGUCUUGUUUCUUUGAAUAACCAUAUUUGUGAGUUUUUUUGGUCAUUCCUCCACCUCUGCACAAGAAGCCAUCAUAUAAUUUGUGCGUAAUUUUGUGCAUUCUAGAAGAGCUCCAUUCUCCUUUCUCCUUGACAUUUAGCGCCCUGCUUCACUGUCAUGAUCCACCUUUCUUCUCUUCUAAACGUCUUCCUAUAAGCUGUAGGUCCCUCACCUUUCAACCUCUGGGAAAACAAGACUCACCCUGGUUCUGUCUAUGUAUUAUAUGUAUAAGACACACACUCUUCAAAGACAGAUAACUUCUCAACUUUUACUCUUAACUUUUUCAUUCACAGUAAAUGCCAACGUGGUCAUAGAGAAAUCAGAGAAGUGGAGAACUGAAUAGAAAGCAACCAUAAUAUUCACCAUGCUGGUAGUACAUUUUAGGUCACCGUAUUUACAGAAUGUUCUGGUGAAUACAGCUUAGGUAAGGAGCAAGCGAGCCAAUUAAGACUAUAGCUCUUAAGACUACAUUUAGCCAAUUCAAUUUCAAGAGUCCCCAACUCACAGCCCUCAUAACAGCACUCUAAUGAGAGCAAUUCACGUAUUUGCAGAGAUUGGCGGAGCUGUAACCUUGAUUAUCUUCCUGUGUCCUGAACAUGCAUAUAUGAAAUUUUUAAAAUGUGGUGUGUUCAUGUCAUGUAGUGUGUACUCGUAGUAGUGUUUUCUGUCCUUAUAAAUAUCUUGUGAAUCACUGUAGAGAUGGUGAGUUUAGACUAGUAUAUUGUUUUUUUUUCCCUUACAGUAAUAGUAUCUAAACCUAGAAUUGUUUUCUUUAGGGGAGACCGUUUCAGUCAUUUUCUUAUUUGUUUGUCUUCAUAUUACAGGGUCUCAGGCACAGUUUUCAGUUCAAAUCUUGUAUAUUGACGUGACAUUUUCAUCCCGUUCAACAGCAAUGAAACCCAACAACAGACCUUAAUGUAACAUUUUUUUUAAAAAAUGUCUUCAUUUGUUAAAAGAAAAAAAGAGUUUCAACUCACUUUGCUGAGCUCUCCCUUUUCUAGGGCAAUCAUCAUUGUUAUUUGCCAACACUGUCGUGAACUUCCAGUUUUCCAGAGCAGCCUGUGGGAACUUCCAGGACAGGAAACAAAGAUGGGUUUGAACUUUAGGUUUUCAUCUCUAAUCUGCCAGGCCUGUUUGCUCUUCCUCCUCCUUGUUCUCCUUUUCUGCCUGUCUCCCAAGGCUAGAGCUUACUAGAAUCCUGAGCUUCUUCUAGACUUAGCUUUAGGAAGCUGAGCUGUGGCCCCAUGUGUCCCAGUGUUUCCCAAACUGACCCAUCUGCCAUUAAUACUGGUUUCCCCAAGAAAGCCAUAUUGAUGAGAAGCCCUGUUGCUGUAGCCGAUUUCAUGUACUGGUACCAAAAAUUAGCCUCUCCAAUCGAUAACUGGUGGAGUGGGAAGUGGAAGGGAGGAAUAACUUAGGAUCAGAAAUUAUCUGUAGGCUUUCCAACUUGAAGGCUGAAGAAAAGAGCUUAAAUCAAUUAGCAUUCUCUCAUGGGACCCAUAUGUUUAUGUCAGGACCAAUGGAUUUUGGCUUUCCUCUCUCGUCUCUUGGCUAAAACUAGAGUCUGACGCUGGAUGCCAACCCAAUUUCUGCUAAUUAUUGUUGUUGUGAUUAAAAGAAGAGGGGAGAAAACCCACGAUACUGCCAGGUUUGUUUUGUACAAACUGAAAGUUAACUGAAUUGUGAGAACAGGGACCUCCUCUCUAGCUAGUGUGCUUUGCAGUUGGGGACAGCUACGUUUGUAUUAAUUAGGAUUUGUCCUACUUAAGACCCGGUAGCUGUUCCCUAAGCAGCUGGGGUGUUUUUCCUUUACCCUACAGUUUCCGUGUUUUAUGUAAAAUUUGUUUAAAGGUGAAAGGUUCUGAACUGACCUGGAAACGGGUACCUUGUAAAUGUUGUUUUGCCUGUUUCUGGAGCCGUGGUCAGCUCCGAGGCUUUCCCUGGCAGAGGUGGUCAGUGUCCAGCUGGCUCCAGUCAUGGCGCACCUGCACUGCACCUCCGUAGACUUGGUGGGGAUGCAGAGAGCUGAGAUGCAUAUGACCAGAUGGAUGUUUCCAUGCUUUUAAAAUGCACAGUCAAUUGGAAGAAAAAAAUUAGUGAAUAAAAAUAAAAUGAACAGCAUCGUCAUAAACUGCCGCUUGAGAGUUCCCCUUCAAACCGAGGAAGAAACUGAGCUGCUGAGGAGAGACUUCCGUUGGUUCGCUGUAUAGAAGGUUGGGGUCUUUUCCACUUGCGAGAUUAUUUCCUAACACCGACAAAUGCCAGAAACCCCUUCAGAGAAAAAAAAGCCAUAUAUUAAAAGCAGUAACCCUGUAAUAUCCUUAAUGGAAAAACAAUGUAUAUUUCUUAACUAUUGGUGUUGUGGCUUCUUAUGCAAAUAUUUGUCUUGCAUAUUAGUGACUUUUAAUCUCUUUAGGACUGUGUGUUUGUCCUGUACAAAUGUGUCCAGUCUGGUCUUUUACUUUUUUUGGUUUAUAUUUACGUAUUGCAUGAAAUCUGUGGUCAAUGCAAAAUCUCGAUGACCUCAAUGUCUUUGAAAUUUCCAAUAUGUUUUUAAUAUGUAAAAAAUGUAAUCAACUUGUACUUCAGCGAGUGGCACUUUAAAAAGACAUUUAACAUGAUGACCUUUAAUUUAAAUGACUAAGACUUGGGUUGUCUUCGUGCUAAUGUUGCUUUGGGGUUGAGUUUUCUUUUAAUUAAGUUCUCCUGCUAUCUACACGUGCCUCAGUGCUCCCUGACAACCUUCACCUGGCAGCAUGGUUUUCCCAUGCCUAAAUUUAAGAUUUUUCUUUCCUCUUUGUUCUGUCGGCCAUCGGUCAUUGUCCUCUUCCCAGAGACUUGCACAAUUGCUAUUGCUUAGCGUAUGCAUGAUGGCAAGAUCAUGCCGCUGCUGUCGCACCCUGACUUGAGUUUGUGACACGCUUCUUUGAGGCAGAUGACUCACGUGGGGUGUGCUGUGGGGCAGGCUGGCUGCAGGGAAAAACGGCCAAGGCCAACACAUGAGUGCUUCCUCUGUUUUACACUGGGUAUCACGCAGAAAAGACUUCCAGGCUGGGAGCCAAGUGUGGGUGAUUUAUUCUUGAUACUAAUUUCUCCACAAAGUGGCCCUAAGAUUUGUAAAAGCGAGGUUUCCUAUCUUUCCCAGAUUUCGCUUCAACUGUACAGAAAGAUAGUAAUUUCGAACUGUAGUUUCUGCUUGGGUCACAUCCGAGCAGCCUGCAGCCAAAGAGAAAGGGUUUUCAGAGCGGGCAUUCAUCGCCUCUGAGGGGCAAGUGAUGGUUGGAUUUGCCUGCCGUGGAGUAAAUACAUCUUCAGGUAGCCAUUUGCCUUAUAGGUGUAUUUUAUUGUUAGGAUGACACUUAGAAAUCGACUAGAAACCGUUUUGUCUUUCAUUUUUUGGCCUUUUUUUGCACUUUAUUAUGGACCUAUCCCGGAAUAGGUUUAUUCUGAAAUUGCGUACUUGGCUAAUGUCCUACAUGCAGGCAUCAUAUGUGGUACUGUUGCCUGUGAACAAAGAUAUGUUCCCUAGUCAGGUCCUUAUAUUUUUUCAUUAACUUUACAUGAAGAAAAUAUAUUGUGUUACAAAUGGUACAUCAUAUAUAUAUCUUAUAGAGUACGUAUUAUAUACUGUGCAUUAUUCAUUUAAGGAGUCAUUAUUCUUGAGGCCCUACCUCAAAUUUUGUAUUUAUGUGUACAAAUGCAAUUUAUUGUAUUAUAUAUUUGCCUAUUAUAUACCAAUAUAAAUUAGAAUUUAUCCCAAUAAUGUAUGAGUUCACAAAACCCUAAAUAAAUG